CAGGCCCACAUUCUUUUAGUCCAAACGCUAAACUGUUGUUAUUUUAGACACAAAGUGGUGGUGGUGCGAUGCGAAGGCAUCAAUAUCUCCGCAACUUCUACCGCAACAAGCUGAAGUACCUGGCUUUCCUGCGUAAGAGGAUGAACACCAACCCCUCUCGUGGACCAUACCACUUCAGAGCUCCAGCAGGAUUUUCUGGAGGACUGUCAGAGCAUGCUGCCCCACAAAACCAAGGAGGACAGGCUGCUCUGGAUAGGCUGAAGUGUUCGACGGUAUCCCCCCGCCCUAGACAAGGUGAUGAAUCUUAACAAAGGCCACUCUUG